AUGUGGGGAACAAUGAUCGGAUAUUAUACCUGGAUGUUUGGUCUAUGCUGGUCGUCAUAUCGUCUAUACCACCUUAUCCGUAUCAAUCGCAUGAAAAAGUCUUUCGCUGAACGAUCUCUGCAGCAUGAAUGGGAGGAUUGGUUUAUUCGCCACAGCCAUGCCGUUGAAGCUCGUCAUGGCCUGUUGCCAUAUUGUCUUAUUCUCAUUGUGGGGGUAACCACUGUUGCCAUGGUAGAAGUGGUUACCAUGACACGUGAUGGCGCACAUUGUAUCUACAGCUGGGGAAGCUACGUAAUGGUUGUGCUCGACGUUGUAUUUGUCAUUGUUGUGGUCCCGUUUAGUGUAUGGCAUGUCUUCAAGUAUAAAGACUUGCAUGGUAUCCGUGCCAGCAUCUUGACUCAAUGUAUCAUUGGAAUUCCUUGCAUUAUCAUGUACUUUAUUUGGACAGCUGCCCUUGAACCUCCUAAUACUGAACAUCCUUCCAUGCCUCGAGUCAUGUUCGCACCAGGCAAUUGGAUACUUAUCAUGACAACCACGGGCCAUAUCAUGUACAUUGUUGUCCCAUUGUUUCGCCGCCCUCAUUAUUAUGUUUCCUCUCGACAAAGAUCUCUAUCACUCAGCCGUCCAAUUGCAAUCACCAACACAACGACAUUGUCUCAUGAUACCGGUGCCAACAAUCCAUCUAUCGGCCAUUAUAAAGUAGAAUUGUCUGCUGAAUCAUUACGCAACGCUCUCAACGAUCCUGAAUCAGCUGAUGCGCUCUUACAACUGGCAACAAAAGAUUUUAGCGCUGAAAACGUCUUAUUUUACAUGGAGUACUUGAGAUUGGCAAAAAAAGAUACCUUACAGUGGUCAGAGUGCCUUCAACUUUACAAGACAUACAUCCCUGACACUGCUCCUCUCCAAAUCAACAUCACCGGAAAAACUCGUAAAGAGCUCGAAGCCGCCAUGAGUAACCUGAAUAAGGCUCCUCCACCUAAUCCAUGCGAAGGAUCUUCUAGUAAUCCAUACAAAAACCAACAACAGCAACAACAACAACAACAAGAAUUCGUUUCCAUCAGUAUUUUCGAAGCAUGUAGUGGAGAAGUCUUUUGGAACAUAUUCACCAGCGUCUUUCCAAAGUUUGUCCAAGACCAUCAAAACCCAUUUCCUUGA